AUGUUAGAGGGCAGGCUCAUAAUGAUUUUGUCUUUUUGUUGUUUAUCCCAGAUCCUCACAGAGCUGGGUGGCUUUGAGGUAAAGGAAUCUAAGUUCCGUCGGGAGAUGGAGAAACUGAGGAACCUGCAGUCCCGUGACCUGGCCCUGGAGGUGGACCGGGAUCGAGACCAGCUAAUACAGCAGACCAUGCGUCAGCUAAAUACGCACUUUGGCAGGCGCUGCACAACCACACCUAUGGCUGUGCACCGGGUGAAGGUCACCUUCAAAGAUGAGCCGGGCGAGGGCAGCGGCGUGGCGCGCAGCUUCUACACAGCCAUCGCCCUGGCCCUCCUCUCCAAUGAUAAGCUGCCCAAUCUGGACUGUGUUCAGAGUGUCAGCAAGGGCAUGCAGGCCAGCAAUCUAAUGCAGCGCUUGAGAAACAGAGACCGGGAAAGGGAGAGGAGGAGUGGAGGGCUUCGAGCGGGAUCUCGGAGAGAUCGUGACAGAGACUCAAGGAGGCAGCUGUCCAUAGACACGAGGCCUUUCAGGCCUUCAUCAGAGGGAAACCCCAGUGAUGAGCCCGACCCUUUGCCUGCACAUAGACAAGCCCUGGGUGAAAGGCUUUAUCCACGUGUUCAUGCAAUGCAACCGGCGUUUGCCAGUAAGAUCACAGGCAUGUUGCUGGAGCUGUCCCCUGCCCAGCUGCUGCUGCUGCUGGCUAGUGAGGAUUCCCUCAGAGCCAGGGUAGAGGAGGCCAUGGAGCUACUCAUUGCACAUGGAAGGGAAAAUGGUGCUGACAGCAUAUUGGACCUUGGACUUUUGGAGGCUCCAGAGAAAGCACAACAGCAGGAGAACCGUAAGCGACAUGGUUCAACCCGCAGUGUGGUUGACAUGGAGCUGGAUGACCCAGAUGACGGGGACGACAACGCUUCUCUGUUCUACCAGCCAGGCAAACGAGGCUUCUACUCCCCUCGGCCCGGCAAGAAUACAGAAGCCAGGCUGAACUGCUUCCGUAACAUUGGCAGAAUACUUGGGUUAUGUCUGCUUCAGAAUGAACUCUGUCCAAUCACGUUGAACAGACAUGUCAUCAAAGUGCUGCUUGGGAGGAAGGUGAACUGGCAUGACUUUGCAUUCUUUGACCCUGUCAUGUACGAGAGCCUGCGGCAGCUGAUCCGCCAUUCUCAGGCUGGUGAAGCAGAUGCAGUAUUUGCUGCCAUGGACCUGGCCUUCGCCAUUGACCUCUGCAAAGAAGAAGGGGCUGGACAGGUGGAGCUUCUGUCUGGUGGGGUCAACAUGCCAGUAACCCCCCUCAACGUGUACGAGUAUGUGAGGAAGUAUGCAGAGCACAGAAUGCUGGUGGUGGCUGAGCAGCCUCUCCAUGCAAUGAGGAAGGGUUUGCUGGAUGUACUUCCUAAGAACGCCCUGGAAGACCUGACGGCUGAGGACUUCAGGCUGCUUGUCAACGGCUGUGGAGAAGUCAACGUCCAGAUGCUCAUUAGCUUCACCUCUUUCAAUGAUGAAUCUGGGGAAAAUGCAGACAAACUACUGCAGUUUAAACGCUGGUUUUGGUCCAUAGUGGAGAAGAUGAGCAUGACUGAGAGGCAGGAUCUGGUGUACUUCUGGACCUCGAGCCCUUCUCUGCCAGCCAGCGAGGAGGGCUUCCAGCCGAUGCCCUCCAUCACCAUCCGGCCUCCAGACGACCAGCACCUCCCCACAGCCAAUACCUGCAUCUCACGUCUCUACGUGCCACUCUAUUCUUCAAAACAGAUACUCAAACAGAAACUCCUGCUAGCCAUUAAGACCAAGAAUUUUGGUUUUGUGUAGAGGUUCGACAUAAGAGUUUAAAAAAAGGAAAAAAAGAAAAACAUGUUUACUGUUGUGUAAUAUUUACCUAGCUCCAUUUUUGUAGAUUUUUUUUGUCUAUACAAUUUUAUGAAAUUCGACAUACUGUCGCUAUCUCCCCAGGCGGUAAUAUUUGUUUGUGUUGUGAACACAAACAGCUUGUUAUUUUUAUUUCAAUUUUUAUUGUUUUUUUUUCUUUUGUGUUAAUGAAGAAGAGGUAUACAGUCCAGAACAUUCCUGCAUUGGCACUGUAAAAUGUAAAGCCCACAGCCCUACUCUAUUGGCUUAAAACUUUGCUUCCCAGGAAUGUGGUUUGACAGGAAGCUGUCUGCCGAAACCCAGCCAAAGAUGACAGCAGUAGAAGUAUUUAAAAGAAGAAAAGACACACUGUGAUUAUAUGUUUUUUUUUUUUUUUUUUCUUCCCUAGAAAAGUACUAUCACUGACAGUUCACUGCUGCCUUUGUGGAAAGUCCUCUUUUUCUUGUACAGGGGGAGUAGGGAAUUUCAAAAUAAACUUGGAUGCAAA